AUGGAGUCGAUCGACGAGAUCCAGGCACGCCACCGGCGUGAGCUGCGCGACCUGCAGGGCCGCAUCACCAACAAGAAGAAGAACGCCACCAAGAAGACCCGCAAGGGCGUCAACGACGAGUGCGCGGCGCUCGAGCACGCGAUGCGCGAGAGGCACCAGGCCGAGCUGCAGGCGGCAGCGGACGGCGGCGGCGACAAGGGGGUGGCGGAUGGGGAGGACGAUGCGGGCGAGGACGGCACGACACAAAGCGGCGAGGCCCCUGUCGAUUCUGUCACGACACAGCUUGCCGACACGACGAUAGGGGACGGUGCAACACCACACGAGCAACCACAACCAGCUCAACAACAACAACAGCAGCAGCAACCCAAAAGACGCAACCGCCAAAAGGAGCGGCUGGCGCGCCGCGCCGCUGAACAGGACGAGGCGGCAGCCCAGGCGGCCGACGAGGCCAGCCACAUGGUCGACCACGCCGCGGCCGAGCGCGCGACCAUGGCGCCCCUCAUUGCCAAGGCGGGCCGCGUCGAGCACCCGAUCCGCCCCGACGGACACUGCCUGUUCUCGGCCGUUGCCGACCAGAUGGAGGGCGUCGGCAGGCCCGUGCGGCAGACGGCGCAGGAUGAGGCGCUGGAUGCGUUUCGGGCGGUGCGGCACGCGGCGGCGCGGUACAUGGAGGCGCACCCGGACGACUUUGCGCCGUUCUUGCUGGCGGCCGAGGACGGGACCGACCUGGACACGCACAUUGCGCAGAUCCGUGACACGGCCGAGUGGGGCGGGCAGCUGGAGCUGUCGGCGCUGGCGAGCGCGUACGAUGUCAACAUCCAGGUGCUGCACGACGGGCGCAGCGAGCUGAUCACGCCGGCUGGUGCUGGAGGCGGAGGCCACGACGAGCGGCCGACGCUGUGGCUGGUGUACUACCGCCACGGCUUCGGCCUGGGCGAGCACUACAACUCGUUGCGGGCCAAAGCGGCGGCAUAG